AUGGAGCGAGCUCCAAACCUGCUUCUCCUCUGCAUCUUCACCUUCGCCAUGGUGCUGGUUCCCGAAGCCAAGGACCAGAGCAAGGCAGCCAAGGGCAGGAGAAAGGGCCUGGCACGGCCAGCAACAGCCCCCCCUGCCCUGGCCUGGGCCCCGGACGAGCCCUACACCAGCAUGGCAGAGUACGAGCACAGCAUCCAGGACAUGGUGCGCCAGCUGAGGAACGGCUCCGAGCCGGGGGACACCAAGUGCCAGGUGAACCUGAGGCUCUGGAGGUCCAACCGCAGGAGCCUGUCCCCCUGGGCCUACAGGAUAAACCACGACGCCACACGGAUCCCAGCAGACAUCCCCGAGGCCCGGUGCCUCUGCACGGGCUGCAUCAACCCCUUCACCAUGCAGGAGGACCGCACCAUGGCCAGCAUUCCCAUCUACAGCCGCCUGCCCGUGCGCCGCCUGCUCUGCCCGGGCCCGGCCGAGGCGGGGCACAGGCCCUCAGGCAAGAAGAAAUGCCACAAGAAGUACCAGAUGGUGAUGGAGACCAUCGCUGUGGGCUGCACCUGCAUCUUCUGAGGCUGCAACGCCAGCGCCCCGCAGCUCCCCGUGGGCAUCUAAGCAGCUUGCUCUUGCUUCCCGAGCUUGCCCGGCCCUUUGGGAGAGGCCACCUGGCUGGGCAUCAGGGUGAGGGGAGAUCCCUGUGCAGGGAGAUCCCUCAAAAUUCCCCUGCCAGCUCCAGCAGCCCUCUGGGGACACCCAGUGCAGAGGAGCCCCCGUGAGUCACCCAGCCCC